AGGCGCUUACUCCAAUACGCACUGAUGUUUUCCCCGUACAAAUAGUUGAUUCCGGGCUUUACUAGACCCGGAAUAUCUCCAUGAAAAGUACUGACAACAUAUGAUUUGAUCCAUUACCUUCUAUAGGGGAAAACGUAUUGCUGCAUAAUAUUCCAUAAGCGUGCAAUUGCUUAGAGAGGGGAAAAUGAUUGAUUUACCAUAUGCACUGUAACACGUGAGCGUAGAGGGAAACAUCAAUCUGCUGGGGUCUAUGGGAAUGCUCGGACGUCUUUUGACCGCUGCUGAUAGAAUGAUACCUCCUGUAAAAUGAUCAUUGUAUAGGGGACAUGGAUUUGUCACACAAUAAAAUGGACUACCUGGAAGCUUGGAUGGCCAACAUGGAUGGCACGGUCCCAUGUGAUGACGAGACCGCACAGGUGCCACCAGCACAUACCAGCAGAAUGGCCAACAUUCGGAACCCCUCUUCUCAGCCUCUGAUCGAUAUAUCGGAGCAUGAUCGCCCGGUAUCUUACUCAUCAGACGAGGAGUCGUCAAGUAAUCAGAACUCACCUUACCGCCGAGCUCCCGAGCCUACCCGCACUCCUCCCGCCUUACAUCGAUCUAAGGGAGGCAGUGAAGCAACGAGUAGCGUCACAGAAAGCGAGGCUAGCACCUUACAACAGGUACAUCUCUCUCCAAAGAUAACCCGGUCGGACUCUGUAAAGUUUUCUAAGUCAGCCAAUGGAAAUGCCGGACGCAAGAGCUCACAUCCAAUCGGCAGUUCCCAAACACCUCCAAAGCCGUCCAGACGAGUGCCAAGUUUGAAGCUCAAACGUAUGAACCUCGGUGUGAACUCAGAUAAGGCUGACGGAACUAUGCCGUGUCUCCCUAAGUGUACGAAUCGUCCUACUAAUCCUUCCAUCACUAUAACUAUAGAGUCAGACGAGGAAUCUAUAUACAGUGACUAUCUCAGUCCAGACAUGAACUACAAUAAUGAUAUUAAAGUUCACUUUGUAGGGGACGAAACGUCCCUGUAUGGUACACCAAAGGAAGAGUUAUUACCUGGGUCUGGGGAAACCUCCUCCACAGACCAAAAGACUAGUCCUACAAGCUACCUGAAAGAACAGUUCAUUUCUUUUUUCCAACCCUCGGAUAAUAAGUUAGCCAUGAAAUUGUUUGGAAAUAGGAAUUCCUUAAUGAGGGAGAAGAUGCGACACAAAAGAGUAGGGAACUGGGUUAUACAUCCAUGCAGCAAUUUUAGGUUUUAUUGGGAUCUGUUCAUGCUAGUUCUUCUUAUCGCCAAUCUCAUCAUACUUCCUGUUGCCAUAUCGUUUUUCAACGACGACUUGAGUACACACUGGAUUGUUUUCAACUGUAUAUCUGACACAGUCUUCUUUCUAGAUAUCGUUAUCAAUUUCAGAACGGGUGUGAUACUAAAUGACUUCGCUGAUGAAAUCAUAUUAGAUCCAAAACUAAUCGCCAGACAUUAUGUCAAAUCCUGGUUUUUCUUGGAUUUGAUAAGUUCCAUUCCCAUGGACUAUAUUUUUCUUAUGUGGGAUGCAGAAGCAGAUUUCAACCAGCUUUUCCACGCAGGUACGACUGCUUCAAUGGGCCCAUCUCCAUACUGGCAAGGGAGAGCACUCCGAAUGCUGCGUCUGGCAAAGCUGCUUAGCCUCCUCAGACUCCUCAGGCUUUCCCGCCUUGUGCGCUAUGUUCAGCAAUGGGAGGAGUUUUUAGCAUUCGCAGGGAAGUUCAUGAGGAUUUUCAACCUACUAUGUCUAAUGUUCCUUUUGGGACAUUGGAAUGGAUGUCUCCAAUUUCUUAUACCAAUGCUUCAAGAUUAUCCCGACGAUUGUUGGGUGUCUAUAGAAGGGCUGAAGAAAGCUCAUUGGGCAGAGCAAUAUACAUGGGCUUUGUUUAAAGCUCUUUCCCAUAUGCUAUGCAUUGGGUAUGGCCGGUUUCCACCCCAGAAUAUGACGGACACUUGGUUGACAAUACUGAGUAUGCUCAGUGGGGCAACAUGCUAUGCACUAUUCCUUGGUCACACCACCACCAUUAUUCAGUCCUUUGAUACAUCGAGACGACUCUACAAUGAAAAGUUCAAACAAGUGGAGGAGUAUAUGAUAUACCGGAAGUUACCCCGGCGCCUGCGUCAGAAAAUAUCAGAGUACUAUGAACACCGAUACCAAGGAAAGAUGUUUGAUGAGGAGAAUAUACUCUGUGAACUGAACGAAUGUCUUAGACAGGAUAUCAUCAACCACAACUGCAGGGCACUUGUCAAGUCUGUUCCAUUCUUUGCGAAUGCCGAUCCCCAGUUUGUGUCGGAAGUGAUUAGUAAAUUGAUAUUUGAAGUUUAUCAGCCUGGUGAUUAUAUCAUUCGCGAAGGUACAAUGGGAACUAAAAUGUACUUCAUAUCCGAAGGGAUCGUGGACAUUAUCACCAUUGACAAUGAGGUUGCAACGUCUCUCUCUGACGGUUCAUACUUCGGAGAAAUCUGUCUACUGACCAAUGCCAAACGUGUUGCCAGUGUAAGAGCCGAGACGUAUGUCAGUGUUUACUCAUUAUGUGUGACUCACUUCAAUAUUGUGCUUGAACGUUACCCAGUCAUGCGUAGAACAAUGGAGAGUGUUGCCGCAGAACGCUUGACAAAGAUUGGUAAAAAUCCCAGUUUAGUAAGCAGUAGAGCCGAUCUCGAGGAAGACCAGAAACUAGUAAACGAAAUCGUGAUGGAAUCUACUCCUGUAGUGACUAGUGCUAGUGAAGACGAGGAUAAGGACUCGGAUGACAGUUCAGAGAGCUCGAAAAGUUCUCGAAAGAAGCGGAAAUUUAAGUUUGACUUCACGGGAAAACUACACCGUAUCACGGAAGAAAGGAAAUCAAAAUCGAAAGAAAGCUUGAGAGACUUAGAUAUACCUAAUGGGAAAGUGGGCAGAAUGAAGAAGGCGCCAUCCGGACCUAAUUUGUUUGGACUAAAAGUUCCUCAUUUUCCCGAAAGGCGGCGCUCAGGCAGUGUUGGUGCUGAUUUAAAUCGAAUGCAACAGUCUUCUUGUUCAGAUGAAUCGCGCAGAGAUUCUGAUCCGGAGGACCUCAAAGACGGCAGUAGAAGGUCCAGCUUCCUGGGCACGAAACUGUUUAAGCCAUCAGAACAAAAACAUAAGGUUAAAAAAUCAAGAGACAAACGAAAGUCAACAGAUGAUUCUCCGCCAUCAGAAGGCAAAAGUGCGAUGAAGUUCUUAAAAAUUCCCGAUCCGAAGGAAACAAAGGAACAAAAACAAAAAACUAAAGAAGAUAUUGCGAUUCAUCGAAGAAGUAUGGGCGAUGGAGAGGAAUCGACAGAUAAACUACCAAAAGCAUCAUCCUGUUUGGCGCAACCAAAGGAGCCAAUAAUUUCUGAAAAAUCUCCAAAUCGUCCAACCGAACUUGAACCAAGUCCGACGAUUAAGGUGAACGAGCCUGCUAAACUAAGCGUUCCUGCUGCCAAGGGAGACAACUCUAAGCCAGAGUCGUCGCGAUUAUAGUAUAUGCACCGACAGCUAGAUAUAAUGUAUUAAUUGUCCCCGUGCACUGUGUGCUGUGUAAUAUAUGCUUCAGUGUCGUUAAAUGACAUAACUGUUUAAACUCGCACAAACAUAAGAGGCAUUUAGUUUAAACAUGUCAUGAAAGGACACGAUAUCUUACAUCACAUAUCAGGGAGUUGAAAACUCGGUGGCUGCUUUUAGAGUGGUACAUAAUUCCCCAUCCUAAGUACCUACACUGAUCUGAUGGGUUUGUGGUAACUAUAGACUCGUAGUAGGGACAUCUGUCCAUGCUGUGAUGUUGGAGACUGCUUGUUGAUGUCUUAUUUUGCCGAGUUCCAUUUAGUUUUGACAUUGCAGUAUACAUUAUGUAAAUACUCAUGUUAAAGAACGUCAUCAAUUAUGUGAUUUUGAGGGUUCAAAACGUCACAAUACAGUGAUUUUGUUUAUAAGGUAAAAACAAUUAGGUAUUUUUUAGUUAUGAGGGAAGCAAAAUAAUGCAAUUCGUAAUAACAUUUUUGUACAGUAAAGAUUAAACUGAUAUCAGGUAAGAUUUUAAAUAUUUCUCUCCUUGGUGACGAAACUUCGUCAUGUUUUUUAAUGUUAUGAUUAACGAUAGGAAUGUGUGAUAUUGACAUUUGUAGACGGCUGUAGUGAACGGUUGUAAGUUUGUUUUAUAUUUGUUUAUCUAUAUAUUAAGUCUAUAUAUUAUGACAAAUCAUGGAUGUUGGUUCACUCUCCAGGUAAAGCAUUCCAAUAAAGUACUCUCUCACUACUACUCGAAACUGACCGUUGAAAGCGUGUGUGAUAGCAAUUGUCCUCUACUUCGAACAAAUCGCGAAAAUAAACAGACUUGUUGUUUUGUAUAAGUAUAUCGAUUAUAUAAAUCAAUUAAUUGGAUUUGUUGAUUUUAUUCAGAUAACUUACUUGGGUUUUAUUUGGUAAUGAUACUUGUUAAAAAAGAAAUGUAAAUAUCUUUUUCUGUUAAUCUGUCAGUUACGUGUUUGUACAUAUCAUUUUCAGUAUGUGCCAAAUUUAGUUUUAGUUAUUGACAACGAAUGUGCAAAAUCGAUGAUGUUUAGUCGUAAUUUACAACAUGAUUUCACAAAAGAAACACGUCUUUACUAAAUUAUAUAUCUGAAAUAGGAGACUUGUUCUUGUAAGAAGUAGACCUUCGUUUUAUUCUACAACAAAAUGAGACACAUACCGAUUCAAUUGAAGAAUGGCUAUAUCAAAAAGGUAUCGAGUGUUUCAUUAACUGAAGACAUGAAAAUUACACUCUUUAUCAUAAUGAGUUCGUUUUCAUUAUUAAUCAUUAAAAUGAUGUUGUAUUAUGUUUCAUAAUAAAACACAACAUAGUAUUAGUAAUAUAAUACAAUGCCCAUACCUUGGGGAAUCUAAUACAACUAAUACAAGAUGCAUUAGUCUUUCAUUCUUAGGCCAAAUAUUUUGCAUAUUUAAUUUCAUUAUCCAGAAGAAAUAUCAUGAUCACAAAAAAAUAAACCAUUAGAAAUAUAAAGUAUCAUCAUCACAAAAAAAUAUGCAAAAUACGUGGCCUAGCAUAUAUACAUAUAUAUAUUAUAUACGUUGAUGGUAGACUGUACAAACAGUGCGAUGUUAGUCCAUAUGUCGUGUCCCAUGUGCGCAGCUGUAUUCAUAUAGGCGAAUGUGUUCGUUGUAUUUUGUAUAUCAUGUGUAUAUAAGAUUAAUGAGUCGCCUAUAAUUAAGAUAAAAAAUAUGUAAUUGUUUAUAUAUCAGAUAAAAAUAGAAAUAUAUUUGUCCAUAUGUGUGUGUGUAUUGACGUACUACAUAGACUGUAACUUAAGACGAUGGUGUGCACUCGCUUCUUUUCGUUAUAUCAGUUAUAGACUCUAUACAAAGUAAAAAAAGAAACAAAGCCAUGACAAAAUAGCACGUAGGCUAGAUAUCUAGGCUUUGUGACAGGAAGACACAUUAAUUUAUGAUAUAAUUUAACACAAGUAUUUAUAUACAAGUUGGUGAUAAUUGAACUUUAAAAAUUAUCAAAUUGAUGAAGAAUUGUUAAUAAAACAGUGAUUAAAAUUCAAAAUCAAUUACAAAUGUAUACGAAACCAAAUAUGAAUUUGGUAAAAUUUCAAAUUAAGCAAUUUAAACAUACUAUAAGUGAAUCGUUCCUAUUUACUAAAAUUUCUCUUAUUUUGACAGAUACUCUGAAAGUAAAUGUAUCAGUGUGACAAUAAGGUCCUAUCUUACUGAUAUGUACAACUGGAAAAGAUGUUACAAUUUAUAGAAUAUAAUGAGAUAUAUCAGAAAUGAGUCAUUCCGUCAUUUUGAUCAAAUCAUCUACAUCUAUAUUAGUCAUAUAAGUGGAUAGUUAUCAGCGCGCCAAAACAUGUCAUACACCUAGACAUAAAUAAUUUAUAUCACUACAACACUUGUCUGAUCUAAAAGAUACGACAGAAAUGUGUUCAUAGUAUAAUGAGUUCCGAUGUGUGAAUUACACAUGGAUUACAACCAUGUAUGUUAUUUAUUUCAGAAACUUUGGAAAUUAUUGAUGGGUGUAUCAUAAUAAAACAGUUGGAUACUAUAUAAGUAAUAGAUUGAAAAAAAUAAUCUCACAUCUCAACUGAAGUUGAAUAUGGUCAUUACGUUACAUCGUUAUCAAAUUCACACCCAAUUUUAUUGGAUGAAAAUACUUCUUACUUUUAAUGUUGGUAUGGUAAGGAUACUGCGAUACAUAACACUAGUAUGAUACAUCAUAUAUCAAAUACUUCUAUUAUCAAAACAUUUGUAUAAUCAUCAUUUAGACUGUGUUAUGCCAAAGUGAUUAUAAUAGUACGUUUGCAUUACGAAGUCGUAGUAGAAGUACAUUAGGAUUAGGAUAUCACGUGAGAUAACGAAUAUAGGUGUCGCUUUAUAUUUACCCCUUCGUGCUAUGCAUGUAACCGUCAGUCUGUGAUAAAGGUAUCAACAGGGCAUUCAUAUACAUGGUCAUGUUACCUUGCUACAAAAACGGAUAUCGCUUAACUUCAGUACUUAAUAAACGAAUAUCGCUAACUACGAUACUUUCACGAUGGUCUCCCUACCAAAGGAAAUUCUUGUUUUAGUGUUUGACUUAGAAGAAGAUGAAGAUAAGUAAAAUGAUGUUCAUAUGUUUUCUUAACUGAAGGAACACGAAGUCGGGGGAUUUACGAUCACAUGAUAGGUGAGGAUCGGUAUUUUAAUUAGAUUGCUUUCCAAGAAGUUUGUUUGCGUAGUGAGAUAAAAGUGAAUAAAAGCAAAAUUACACAAACUUUCCAAAGAUCAAAUACUAUUCAAAAUAUUUUGAAUAUCGGAAUAUUCCAAAUACAAUAUAGUGGUGCGUCACCUUUUUUAUUCAAACGAAACGUUUUACAAUAUUUCGAACAAUGUGGUAACACCGUCAACGAACCAAACCUGUGUUGACUAAUUAAAUCCUAACUUUCUGAUCCAAAGAUUUCUAAAUGACCACUUGUUUAGGAUCUCUACACUAGAGACUGCGGCUUAUCGUGUACAUAUGUAGGUCAGCUCUUGCAUUAUUUACUGAAGUGCGACUAGACGAGGUGUUAUUGUAUUAAUGUCCGUGAGUUUGUGGUGAGAAAUAUGACGUCACCACUGACUAGAGGACACUGUAUACCUAGCUGUAGCAGUAACUGUGUGUCACUACACACUGGAUCUCAGGUCUGUGUUACGUGUAUAUAGGAUACAGUAGCGAACAUGUGUCAUAUGCAAAGGUGAAACAAAUAUUGCUUCAAAUCAAUGAAAUAUCAGUGAUUGUCAUAAUAUUGAUUCAGAGAAAUAAAGUGAGAUGAUCAUA